CAUAUUUGUAAAUUUCAAGUCAAGUGAACAACUUCAGCUGCGAAGAAAGCGCCCGAAUAUGUUUCAAUUCAUCUGUUUUGCUGCACUGUUCGCUUUUGCGCGAGCCGCACCCAUUGAUGAGCAGUUAUUAACCACUGAGCCUGUAAUGGAAAUGAGGGCACCACCUGUAGACGACGUACCGCCACCAGUCAUGCCCGAGAUGGAAGUGAGAGCACCCGCCGUUGGUAUUAUGGAGGCAGGGCUGCAGCAGUCCACUGAUGGCGCUUACAACUUCUUCUAUCGCGGCGAGGAUGGCUCUUUUCGCCAGGAGAGUGCAGUGAUCGUGAAUCCAGGCAGCAAGCGUCAGCACUUAAAGAUCACUGGCAGCUACUCGUACUUCGAUGCAAAUGGUCAGGAGGUGGUAGUGCAUUACAAUGCCGACGAUCGCGGCUUUGUGCCUCAUGGCAAUAACAUUUCGCAGCAAAUCUCCGCAGCGGCAAAACAAAAUAGCCAGCUGCCGCGUGUGCAGGAGCAGCAAGAGCCGCAACAGCCGCAACCACAACCACCGGUUGUUGGAGGCGUCUGGAUUUGAAUGUAAAAGGAGAAAAAUAUAUGAACAGCAUAAUUGCUGAAACAGGUGUGUGUGUUAAGUAAAGAGUGUAUUUUAGUUUUUAUUUUUAGUUUAAUUUAGCAACUUCUUGA